CUAGACAUUACGUAGACGAAUCCCCUCAGGAUGCGGCCCACACAGUUUCUUUUCGGCGCUGCCAGCCUCCUAACAGCAGCAGAAGCGGCAUGUCCCAUGCUCACUGGAGAGCUCAAUGGACGCGAAAUUGUGGAUAACCCUCAUGAUAUCCAGGCCCGGCAAUCUUCCUCUAGUGCCACCAGCGAGACUGAAGACUUCCUAUCGCAGUUCUAUCUCAAUGACAACAAUAGUUUCCUAACGACCGAUGUAGGCGGCCCAAUACCCGAUCAAAACAGCUUGAAAGCAGGUAAUCGUGGCCCUACACUCUUGGAGGAUUUUAUUUUCAGGCAGAAAAUCCAACACUUUGACCACGAGAGAGUACCGGAACGAGCUGUCCAUGCCCGAGGAGCAGGCGCUCAUGGCGUGUUUACUUCGUAUGCAGAUUGGUCUAACAUCACAGCUGCCUCUUUCCUAGGGGCAGCUGGGAAAGAAACACCAAUGUUUGUGCGGUUCUCGACGGUUGCAGGAAGUCGUGGCAGUGCCGAUACUGCGCGCGAUGUACACGGAUUUGCUACUCGAUUUUAUACUGACGAGGGCAACUACGAUAUCGUGGGAAAUAACAUUCCUGUUUUCUUCAUUCAAGACGCUAUACUCUUUCCCGACCUAAUUCACGCCGUCAAGCCCAAUCCUACCAACGAAAUUCCCCAGGCUGCCACUGCACAUGACACCGCCUACGACUUUUUCAGCCAACAACCUAGCUCCUUGCACACGCUCUUUUGGGCAAUGGCGGGUCAUGGAAUCCCACGUUCUUUCCGCCAUGUUGAUGGAUUCGGCGUUCAUACAUACCGAUUCGUAACGGCUGACGGCGCCUCGAAAUUAGUCAAGUUCCAUUGGACAUCUCAGCAGGGUCGUGCCAGUCUAGUAUGGGAAGAAGCGCAGGCCACCGCAGGAAAAAAUGCAGAUUAUUUACGUCAAGAUCUUUACGACAGCAUCGAGUCAGGCUAUUUCCCAGAAUGGGAGCUCGGAGUUCAGAUUAUCAACGAGGCAGACCAACUUAAGUACGGUUUUGAUCUGCUCGAUCCUACCAAGAUCUUACCAGUAGAGGAUGUCCCGAUCACCCCUCUAGGAAAGAUGCAAUUGAACCGAAACCCACUCAAUUACUUUGCUGAAACCGAGCAAGUAAUGUUCCAACCUGGCCACAUUGUGCGCGGCAUUGACUUCACCGAAGACCCUCUUCUCCAAGGCCGCAUUUUCUCGUAUCUCGACACGCAACUCAAUCGCAAUGGUGGACCGAAUUUCGAGCAGAUACCAAUCAACCGACCGCGAGUGCUUUCCAUAGGCCAAAUGUUCAUCCCACUCAAUCCAGCAGCUUACUCGCCGAAUACUUUGAAUAGUGGUUCUCCAAAACAGGCCAACCAGACCCAAGGCAAAGGUUUCUUCACUGACCCCAAACGGACCGUGAAUGGAGGUCUUAGUCGUGCAACUAGCCCAACGUUUGCGGAUGUGUGGUCGCAGGCCGGACUAUUUUUUAACUCACUGAACCCAACUGAACAACAAUUCCUGAUCAAUGGUCUUCGAUUUGAACUAGCUCAUGUCAAUAGCGAUAUUGUUAAAAACAACUUCAUCAUUCAGAUCAAUCGGGUUAACAACACACUAGCAAGUCGCAUUGCCGAAGCCAUUGGGAUCACGCCACCCCAUCCCGAUCCGACCUUUUACCAUCAUCGCCGAACAACAAACGUUGGGACGUUCGGCACUCCUUUAAAAAAGAUUGAUGGCCACAGCGUGGGGAUAUUAGCGACUGUCAACGAUAACAGCAGUAUCACGGCAGGCCAAACCCUCGGACAAAAGCUGGCAGCCUCAAACGUCAGUGUGGUCGUCGUUGCUGAACGCCUGGCGGACGGCGUGUCUGCGACCUAUUCCCAAUCUGAUGCAACAAGUUUUGACGCCGUCAUUGUGGCCUCUGGCGCUGACGUUCUGUUUAACAAGAAUUCUACGGCUAACACUGUUACAACAACAUUGUACCCAGCCGGGCGCCCCUCGGAGAUUUUGGUAGAUGCAUUCCGCUUCGGUAAGCCGGUUGGAGCGUUGGGAAGUUCAAACACUGCAUUGGAGGACGUUGGUAUUGAUCCUCAUCGAUCGGGCGUGUUCACAAGCGGCACCAUUGAUGAUAAUUUCGUGAAUGAUUUGAAGAAUGGCCUCUUGACAUUUAAGUUUCUGGAUAGGUUCGCGUUGGACCACUAGGAAGUUGUCGACGAACCAUGUCGAUCUGCCUAUGCGAACCGAUGCUCCUGCAAUCACUCCUUUAAUGUACCCAAAUAGCGCCUCUAAUAUGCCGACAAUUCGUUAUAUAGUAUUGAAAAUUGAGCCGUUCUGAGAUGCAAAUACACAUUAGGCUCCAGACCACUUACUGCGUCGAUGGAGCCAGCCGUAAACACGCCCGAAGCAUGGUCUGUCCAUAUUCUAGCCAUCUCGUAAUAAUAACAAAUAGUUCAUUGCCUCAACGAUUUCAACGCGUCCCCAGCAAGCACAACCCGCCAAUGGCAGCCCGUGCAUUGCUCAACGCCGGCUCAAUACUUGGCCGCGCCGGAGACAAGCUUUUCUAAGCUAUUACUGACGUAAAUCCUCGACCUAUUAAACACCUUUGCGGCUCCAGCAUGAUUUCGCACUGGUGCAAACUGUCGUCUCAAUAUAUAUAUAUAUAUGUUCAUCAUUGUUUCCAUCAAUUGCACUGGCAACACACU